AUGUCCAAAAUUUAUCAAUGUCGCACAGCAAAUUCAACACCUAUCAAUAUCAUUGGUGAAAUUAAAUUGGAAGUUAAAGUUAAAUCAAUUAAAACUUAUACAACUGCAUAUGCGGCCUCAAAUUUAAUUACAUCAAUUCUAUUAGGAAACGAUUGGAUUAAUUCAAUCCAUGUACAUCUUUUUGGUGAUCAGAAUCAAUUGACAAUUCCUGAUCAAUAUGGUCAAUUAAUCUCAAUUCCAUAUUUAGAACCUACUAGUAUUAAUUAUCCAGCAUUAUUAAUCAAUCAAAUUACUCUUCCACCUCAUUCACAAACAUUGGUUAACAUCAUAUGUCAAAUCGAUAACGCUUAUGAUUUAAUAUUCGAACCUUAUAAAUGUUACAUUUCAAAAUUUAUUUUUAUACCACAUGCAAUACUAAAUGUCAAGAACAAUCAAACGAAAGUUUUAUUAAUAAAUGCAAAUGAUGACCAACAAACAUUAUCAAAGAAUACACGAAUCGGAACUAUUGCCCGUCAUUCAACAUACACAAUUUAUACCACAACACAAAAUUCUUUUCCAACUCAUGACAAACAUAUUCGACAAUCAUAUUUUAAAUCUAAACCAAGAGCUGUUCUCAAUAAAAAAAGACAACUCGAAUACGAACAACAACUUCGACAACAAAUAUCAAGUCUAACCAAACAUAUAGAAAAUGGAAACAAUCGUUCAAAAAUUCAAGAUAUAUUAUGGCGAAAUAAAAUAUUUUUUGAUCCGACACCAUCAAUUAUUAAUAUUCCACCACAAUCAGCAAUUAAAACUGGUGAUCAUCCACCUAUAUAUUCAAAACAAUAUUCGUGUUCUGCAAAAGAUCAAGAUAUUAAAUUCCAAGAAAUGCAAAAAUUAUUAGAACGUGGUCAAAUUGAAGAAUCAACUUCUCCAUGGUCAUCACCAAUAGUACUCGUUAAGAACAAAGAUAAAACAAUGAGAUUCUGUAUUGAUUAUCGACGAUUAAAUGAUAUUACAAUCAAAGAUGCAUUUCCAUUACCUCGCAUCGAUGAAAUAUUUGAUCAAUUAUCUGAUGCAAUGUAUUACACAAAAUUUGAUUUUAAAUCUGGUUAUUUCCAGAUACCUCUAUGUAAAGAGGAUCGUCCCAAAACAGCAUUCUCAACUCGUGAUAACCAUUAUCAAUUUACAGUUCUUUCACAAGGUAUAACGAAUGGACCCGCAACAUUUCAACGAGUUAUUAACCACAUAUUAGGACCAGCAAGAUGGAAAUAUGCACUAGCUUAUAUUGAUUAUGUAAUUAUCUAUUCGAAAACAUUUGAAGAACAUUUAAAACAUCUCAGUGAAAUUUGUACAAUAUUAAAAAAUACACGAUUUCGACUCAACCCUGAUAAAUGCGAAAUUGCCCAAACUCAAACAGAAUAUCUUGGACAUCAAAUUAAAAAUGGUGAAAUCCGUCCAAGUCCACAGAAUAUUCAUGGUCUAUUGAAUACAAAAUUACCACAAACAGCUGAUGAAGCUUGCAAAUUUGUUAAAGCAACUGAAUAUUAUAGAAAAUUUAUACCAAAUUUUUCUCAAAUUGCUGAACCAUUACGAAAAUUUGUUCCAACAACAAAAACUCAACAAAAACGAGGACAAAAAACAAUAAUUAAAUUAACCGACGAUGAAGUUAAAGCAUUCGAAAACCUUAAACAUUAUCUUACAACAGAUUUGGUUUUAAAAUUACCAAAUAAUAGAUUCCCAUUCAAAGUUCAAACUGAUGCAUCUGACGAGGGAAUCGGAGCAGUAUUAUUACAAAUUUAUCCAGAUGGUGAUAGGCCAGUUGCAUAUUUAUCAAAGAAAUUUACUCAAGCAUAA